AUGUGCAAUCCUAUCGAAGGUUGCUUUAGCUCUUUGAAGUCCAAGAUCAAGUCUUACCUGGCGAUGCGGCACCGCCAAAUGAUGGAGGUUGUCGAAUUUGCCACUCUUACGCAAGCUCGAAUGGCCUUGCUUGAAGCUGCUCUGCAAGAUUCG